AAAGUCCGUGUGCAGGCUCGUUUCACUUCCCUCAGUUACUCUCCUUUCCAAACACUAUAAUUGUGUUCCCACGCCUGCACAAACAAAACCACAACAAAAGACAGACAGACAGACAGACAGACCCCCUGGAUGGCGCUGGAACUGGGGGUGCUGGGGGUGCGGCAGCACGACUUCCAUCGUAAGCAGGGGUUACAGUUUGGUUCAAUGGCACCCCCACUUUAAAAACUGUUCCACUGCCAGUGCUGGGGACCCCCCUGUGUCUGCCGGUUUUCAUUUCAAUUGAGCUCUCAAUUAUUUAACUAGACCCUUCAUUGAACUGAUCAUUUGCUUAAUAGAAACCUUUUUAAUUGUUUUCGGCUCGUAAACAGUCGCAGAUUUCACGUUCGCUAUCACGCUGUGUAAGCAACAUUGGAUUUGAAGAGGUACGCAGUUUUACUAUUUUUAGACUAAACAAUUACGCACACGUGUGUAUUCAUCAGUACACUCCGGCACAGCACAGUCUCGUGUUGUAGUUUGAACUGCGAUUUCAAUGCUCUGCUUUGCACAGUCUUAUCCCCGAGUGCCGUGGAUAAGGGACAUACUGAAUUCAGGCAUGCGCGUUAAGCAGAUUACUUUACAGCUAUUUGGGGAUCGCAGCCUACACGCAAUGGCCGUUUACUAUUUCUCUCUCGGCUCCUGAAGUUGGCCCAGAAGCUAUGGAGAAAAUGGAGCUCCGGUUCCCCAAGGGAAGCAGCUGGGAAUCGGGACCACAUCAGCGGCUGGGGGAGGAGAGCCUUCCCUGGAGCAACGUGACCAACGGCACGUGGUCCCGAGAGAGUUGGGACGAGGAGGAAGCCCCGGGACUCGCUCUCCGCACCCUGAGCGGCUGCCUCCUCUUCCUCCUCAUCCUCAGCACGCUGCUGGGGAACACGCUGGUGUGCGCGGCAGUCGUCAAAUUCCGCCAUCUGCGUUCCAAGGUCACCAACUUCUUCGUCAUCUCCCUGGCCGUUUCGGACCUGUUGGUGGCCAUUCUGGUCAUGCCCUGGAGGGCAGUCACCGAGGUGGCCGGAUUCUGGCCGUUUGGCAGCUUCUGCGACAUCUGGGUGGCGUUUGACAUCAUGUGCUCCACUGCCUCCAUCCUCAACCUGUGCAUUAUCAGCUUGGACCGCUACUGGGCCAUCGCCAGCCCAUUCCGCUAUGAGCGCAAGAUGACCCAGCGAGUAGCUUUCGUCAUGAUCGGGGUGACCUGGACCUUGUCUGUUCUCAUCUCCUUCAUCCCGGUGCAGCUGAGUUGGCACAAAGCGGACGACAUCCCUCCGGAUCCCGGCUCCUCUCCAAACGCCACCCAGCUGGAGAACUGCGACUCCAGCCUGAACCGCACGUACGCCAUCUCCUCGUCCCUCAUCAGCUUCUACAUCCCCGUGGCCAUCAUGAUCGUCACCUACACCCGCAUCUACCUCAUCGCUCAGAAGCAGAUCCGACGCAUCUCCUCGCUGGAGCGGGCGGUGGAGCACGCCCAGAACUGCCAAGGCAGCGACUGCCCCCACGAUGCCAGCCUCAAGAGCUCCUUCAAGAAGGAGACCAAGGUCCUCAAGACCCUCUCCAUCAUCAUGGGCGUCUUUGUCUGCUGCUGGCUGCCCUUCUUCAUCCUCAACUGCAUGGUCCCCUUCUGUGACCCAGCCACCCACGGCCCUGGCCAGCCGCCCUGCGUGAGCGAGACCACCUUCAGCAUCUUCGUGUGGUUCGGCUGGGCCAACUCCACCCUGAACCCCAUCAUCUACGCCUUCAACGCGGACUUCCGCAGGGCCUUCAGCACCAUCCUGGGGUGCGGCCGCCUCUGCUCCAGCAACGCGGUGGAGACGGUCAACUUCAGCAACGAGCUGGUGUCCUACCACCACGACACCACCAACCCCCAGGACGUCAUGACCCUCAGCUGCCCCCACUUGCUGCCCAACAUGGUCAAGCAGUCCCCCAGGGAGAAGGAGCUCUCCUUCGACAAGGUCUCCCAGAUCUCGCCGGCCUCCGUGUGCGGGUGCGAGAGCCCCAGCUGCCCCUCCGCUGUGGUGCACGCUGAGUGCGAGACGGGCAUCUCUCUGGAUAAAAUCACCCCCUUCACACCCGACGGGCUGGCUUGAGGUGGGGCUGCAGGAGCUAGGACACUGAGGACAGAGGCACUGCAGCUGUGAUUCAGAGCACUGGAAAACUGCGGAUAGAUUUCCUGAAACUGUGGAAGGAAAGCGUUACUAAGAAAGCUGUGGGGGGCAAAACUGGACAGAUUCAUAAUAUGGUCAGUAAUGUGGACAGAUUUGUACAUAGGGGCUAACUACCGAUGCAUUCACUGGAACACGCUUACCAGGGUCUCUGCAACAUUGGAAUACAGUGUCUGGAGUUCUGUGGAAUAUCAGGGUCACGUUGCUGCUGGAAUAUUAAGGACACGAUGAUACCAGUGUUCGUACAGGCUGUUGUUUUAAUAAUGCCGCGAUAUUGAAUGCGUUGGAAUGCGUCCGGCUAGGCACUGGAAUUUGGGGUUUGUGGAUCGUUCGGGUCAUAUGCAAAAGAAGAGAAAUGGAAUGUCUUGCAAUACAUCGGAACACCUGCGCUGUGGUCUCCCUCUGCCUCUGACACCGCAUCCAUCGGAACAGAGGGACAAUGUUAUGAAAUGACUUGCAAUCUCAAGGUCACAUCACUACUGGGAAUCCCAGCGUAGGAAUACAGCGCCUGUCUGGAUACUUUCACGCGAAACCGAUCUCGCUUUUUAGAUUGACAAAACGUAGCAGUGAUUUAGUUUGUAAAUAAUUGCAAAC